UCAAUUCACCAUGGCUCUUCCUCUCCAGACUUUCACCUUACACUGGUUGUAUACUACUCUCAAUCAAACCCCGAAUACACAUCCAACAUGAAGCCCACAAGCAUUAUCCUCCCCCUGGGUCUCCUCAUCACCAACGCCCUAGCCGUCGACGUUACGAUCACCAUGACAGGUGGAACAACCGACAUCCGACACAUUCCUACUACAGGAGAGUGCAUCGACUUAUUCCAGGGAACACACCAUGCCAAACUCCACGGCGGAGACAAGGGUACUCUUUGCGUGUUCUGGUUAGACUCUGGAUGCACGGGUCCUCCGGUUGGGGCGAUCUCGACGCAGAAUCGUGAUAGUGAUAUGUCUGAUUCGGCGAAUGGGGCUCGCUGCCAUUGAGAUUGCUUGCUCUUUCUCCUACAUGCGCAUGAUACGCUGGGGUGACUUGACUGUCUUUGGAGAUAUGUAUUAGGUCUUAAUAUGACGAUCUCGUGAGGCUGAUUUUGGUGUUUGGGGGUAUUUGUUUUGGUAUUGACUUUGUAUACACGUUUGAAUAAUUUAGUCAAUGCUAUACAGAAUGUAAUUCAAGAUCUAUCUAUCGAUA